AUGGCUAACAAAUUGGACAUUUUGGAAGAAAUCCGCAAACAUCGAAACAAUUGUGUCGACCUGUUACAGAAAUUGCAAAAGGCUCAUGUCAAUGGCGACGAUGUGGCCAAUGCCAAAAACAAGUCUGGAUGGUUGCCAUUGCAUUUUGUCAUGGUCUUUUGCAAGGGUCCUGGUGUUUUGGAAUUGGUGAAAUUCCUGUGGCGAAUGCAUCCUUUAUGCCUACAGGCCAAGACGGAUCGCGACACUUUGGCGGUCAAUCUCAUGCCGCCCACCACCAAUCCACAGCCGGUCAUUGAUGCCAUGCAGCGGGAUCAAUUAGAAGCACGUGUGUGGCUCAUGAAGAAAUAUCCACAAUCCAUUCGUAUGGAAGAUAAGGACGGAGAAACACCCUUGGUCCGGGCCAUUAUAGGACGUUGUAACAUUUUAGUGGCGGCCAUGAUUCAACGGUUCCCGGAACUUACGCAAGAAACGAACAAUCGAGGAAGAUUACCACUGCACUAUGCUAUGGAAUCGGCAAAUGCUGGGGCUGUCAGCAUGUUGUAUGGGGCAUAUCCAGAUGGGAUUGAAGAGGCGGACAAUAUGGGGAUUACACCGUAUUACAUGUUUGCAAAAUUGCCAAACAAGGAUCCUUUGAUUGCCGCUUUGGUGGAUCUCAUGUGCGAAGUCUUUGAAUUAGAUGAAGCAACACAGCCAUCCAAAGAUGACUCUACAGAGGUCAUUUACAAGCAGAUGCUACCACAAUAUGCUAUUGACUCGAAUUUGUCAGUAUGGACGGAAAAGGUCAUUUGGCGACUCAUCAAGAAUUGGAGAGAAACCAUCCAAAUGCCGAUACCAGAAAUCCCUGAUACUCCAAAGGAAAACCAGCACUCCACUUUUGCUACUUCUGGGGCACUUAAUGCAGCAAAGGAUUCGUCGGUGGGAGACGUAGGAAAACCUCGAACCACACGAGAUCCGACAUCCUUUCAAAAGUACACCAAAAAGGGACAAUUCGAGGCACUGCGAGCGUCCUUUGAGGCUGCGUCUGUCAAGGGAUAA